UACUUGAAGCCAGCCCUCUUGUCCUCGUCUCCACACCUCUUCUCUUUCUCUAGGGAGCGCCAGUGAAGAGAAGAAAAACAAACGGCUACCCUCCGACGGGAGGGUCGAGGAUUUAAGCUGAUUUCGCACUUUUUUGUUUGUUUGUUUUUCGUUUCUUUUUGUUUUGUAUCGUUCAUUAAUUUAUCCCCCGGCAAACUUGACAAACACCUGGAGGAGGCUGAUGCGCGAGGCUGAUUCCAUUUGUAUUCAUGGUUUUGUUUUCUCUCUCCCGCGAGCAUGAGAACGUGCACAUGGAAGUUCGCUUUUCUAUUGGGGAUAGCGUGUUUUACCAUAACCGCCUUUAUCUACGGACACUAUGACUUGGAUUUCAUACACAGUGGCGAUCGCGUGAUCCUGGGAAGACCUCUGAAAGUGACUGGAAGCAGCCUCCCCCCUUUAGAGGAGAAUGGGAAGAACACCACAGCGCCCUCAGAGGAUGAGUGGGCGAGGCCGUGCUCCCUCAGAGAGGUGGCCCAGCGGGACCCGGCGCUGGGUCAGGUCUUCAACUUCUCCGUGCCGGUGCUGCAGUGGGCGGGGCUCCUCAACCCCCAGGAGUGGCAGCGCCUGCAGCAGGACCCGGGCCCUUACGGCUGGAAGGGCCUGGCCUGGGACGUGGUGAACUCGACUCUGGCCCUUCUUAGCGAGCCGCGGGACGGGCAGCUGUUCGACCGCGGCGAGCAGAGGGGGUGCGUGCGCUGCGCUGUCGUGGGCAACGGCGGAAUCCUGAAGGGCUCCCGCCAGGGCAAAGCCAUCGACGCCCACCAGUUCGUCUUCAGGGUGAACGGGGCCGUGACCAAGGGCUUCGAAGAGGACGUGGGCACCAAAACCUCCUUCUACGGCUUUACCGCCAACACCCUGAAGAACUCGCUGGCCGCAUACCGGGCCGUGGGGUUCACCAGGGUCCCCCAGGGGCAGGGCGUUCACUACAUCUUCAUUCCCGCUAACACCCGAGACUACCUCCUUCUGUCCGCCGCCAUCAGAGGUAUUCCUGUUCCCUCAGACCACGACAAAGGAGACGUGCCAUCCAAAUAUUUUGGUCAGAAGUCCUCUGUUGACAAGUUUAAGAUGCUUCACCCGGACUUUGUCAGGUAUAUCAAAGAAAGGUUUCUAAAAUCUCCGCUCUUGAGGAAGAAGUACAGUCACCUGUACAUGCCCAGCACAGGUGCGCUGAUACUAUUCACCGCCCUGCAUACAUGUGACCAGGUGUCGGCGUACGGCUUCAUCACGGACAACUACGGGGCCUUCUCCGAUCACUACUUCGACAGGGUGAAGAAGCCCCUCAUCUUCUACGUCAACCACGACAUGCAGAUGGAGGGGCGGGUGUGGGAGCAGCUGCACACCCAGAAGGUCAUGUGGCUGUACAAGAGGCCGUUGGGAGCGUGAGGCAUGCUGGGAUUGCGUUGGGGGAGGGGGUGCCUCUCACAGAGACCCCAGACGCAGUGACAAUCAUUCUGUUUCCGAGCCUAAUCCAGGAGAACCACUCCUCACACACGAGGAACGGGCAAGCAGCACCUCUCCGUUUGAGUUUUGUCAGGUCUGGGAACAUUCUGGAUUUUCCUUAACAUGGAAGGUAGAUUUUGGGCACACGGAGAAUGCACGCUACUGACAGCCAGAGGCUUGCUAGCGCUCCCAGGGCACUGACACACCUGAACUGUAGCAGAAUCUCAGGUGAGAGACAGAUUAACUGAGAGAGUGACUGAGUGAGUGAGAGAGUGACUGAGAGAGUUUGACUCUUUUUAAAACUUCUGUACUUUGUACACUGGUAAAAACCUGCUGAUAUACUUCACUCCGUUAGUAAUUUCUCUCUAAUUUGUGUUAAAAUGUACAAUCAUUCCAAAUGGACAGGGUUGUUUUUGUACUGACCGCUAAUAUAUAGCAGUGUUUGAGAUUUCUGUUAAGCUUUUGGUUAAUAAAAUCCUUUGAAGCACAUUCA